AUGAGAUUCUCAAUUGUCACGUUGCUUUCGCUUGGCGCCGCGGCGGUUGCUGCCCCAACCCCUCAUGGAAGUGCUGAGGGCCAAGGUGCUUCCGUUGAUGCUAUCUCUGAGGCGCUGUACGGAUCGUGGGGCAUUAUCAAGCGUGCCGAGCUUACGAAGGAGCAAACAUCCACCGUCGAUGCUAUCUCUGAGGCACUUUAUGGGUCGUGGGGCAUCAUCAAGCGUGCCGAGCUGACGAAGGAGCAAGCUGCUACCGUUGAUGCCAUCUCUGAGGCUCUGUAUGGAUCGUGGGGCAUCAUCAAGCGAGAUGCUGAGCUCACAAAAGAUCAGACUGCCACCGUUGAUGCCAUCUCAGAGGCGCUUUACGGAUCGUGGGGUAUCAUCAAGCGUGCUGAGCUUACGAAGGAGCAAACAUCCACCGUCGAUGCCAUCUCCGAGGCUUUGUACGGCUCGUGGGGCAUUAUCUAG